UCUGACCCCCCAGUGAAGCAGCUGAGGAUGGGAACCAGAGGAGUGCUCCCUCUGCCAGCAGCAUUACCAUUACCAUUACUCUAGCAGCUCCGGUGGGAAGGAGAGGGAUUUCCGUUGUCCCCAGUCUGGCCCCCUGGUUAUUGAAAAAGUUCAGAAUUACUCUCUCCCCUCGUGGAGUGGUCUGAGUGUUGGGAGUACCCAGGAAGAAGCCCUGAGCAGGUGCCCUCAGGAGCAGUGCCCAUGGCUCCCCACAUCAGCCAGAGGCCCAACCCCAGGAAGCCACUCCUGCCCAGGGAUGGGGAAGGUGGGCUGGGUGGCCGUGUGCACUGCCCUGGGCCAGCUCACUUGAGCCUGCUGAGCCGCCUAGCCAAACAUGAGCCUCUCUCCUGUUGCAUCAGAUGCUGCUCUGGGGACCUGCGCCAGGAGCCUCUGCCAGGGCUUUAAAUAGCUGCCCCCAUUGAUCCGGCUGCAGGCAGCAGAAGCCACACUGGGUCAGCCUCCAUCAAGCGCUCAGGUUUCCCUGAGGACUGGAGUCAAGUGCCAGGGAAUCGCGUGGUCUUCCCUGUGACCUGGUGCUCCCCACACCUGUCUCCAGGGCCUGGAGGGUGGGGAGGACUCUUGUCACUUCAUCUGCAGCAAAAUACAGCCCCCACCAGAGAAAACUGUCUGGCAUUGUAGGGAGAGGGGGUUUGCCUUCAAAAGACUGUUGCUUACUUUCAGUAGAAUGGGGAAUGACACUGAUAUCUUCCUUAAGGGUUGUUUUAGGGAUGAAAUGUACGUAAAGUGCUCAACAGGGCACUGGACUCACUCCAUUGAUGGCUGUCUUUGCUCGAAGUGUCUUCCUGAUGCUGCUGCUGUUGCUGCUUGUGCUUUUUCUAUGCUUACAUUCUCUCUCUCUCUCUCUCUCUCUCUGUCUCUCCUCUCCCCCGCCCCACCCACUUUCUGACAAAGCCACCACCAUUUUGUAAGGAACUGUAGCUUCUCUCUGAAACUGCCGGGAAAGGGAAAAUCUUUUUAAAAUAGCCAUCACACAACUAACAGGGUCCCCAGGGUUCAGGCGGGGAGGUGAGGUCGAGUGAGAGGAACUGCUUAGCAGACGCGGGGAUGCUCCUCCCUUCUCACCCCUCCGAGCUAAGGAGAAGGUCACUUUCUCUUUAAAUGCAAAUGAACUCCCUCCAGCUUAGCUUUCACCCGGUGGUGUUCCUGGGAGGAGAGGGCGGAGGGCGGAGGGACCUUGCACCGAAGCAUCCUUGAGACCCCAAACCUCCAGGCCUGAGGCCCAGCCAGCGCCCAAUGGAUGACAAAAAGAAGAAACGGAGUCCCAAGCCCUGCCUGGCCCAGCCAGCCCAGGCCCCAGGCACACUACGCAGGGUCCCUGUGCCUACCAGCCACAGCGGUUCCUUGGCCCUAGGACUUCCUCAUCUGCCAUCCCCCAAGCAGCGGGCCAAGUUCAAGAGAGUAGGCAAGGAGAAGUGCCGCCCAGUCCUGGCUGGAGGUGGAAGCGGCUCUGCAGGCACGCCCCUGCAGCACUCCUUUCUGACUGAGGUGACCGAUGUCUAUGAGAUGGAGGGGGGACUCCUGAACCUGCUCAAUGAUUUCCACUCGGGCCGGCUGCAGGCCUUCGGGAAGGAAUGCUCCUUUGAGCAGCUGGAGCACGUUCGGGAGAUGCAGGAGAAGCUGGCCCGGCUGCACUUCAGCCUGGAUGUGUGUGGCGAGGAGGAGGAUGAUGAAGAGGAAGAGGAUGGGGUCACUGAGGGGCUGCCAGAGGAGCAGAAGAAGACGAUGGCUGACCGUAACCUGGACCAGCUGCUUAGCAAUCUGGAAGACCUAAGUAAUUCGAUGUAUCCUUUCCAAGGAACCCGUCUGUGUGUGUGUGUUCCUGAGAGGUCAGUUUCCUCCUCCCCAGCCCUCCAGGAGUAUUCGCACAUAACCAACUUCCCCACCUCUUGCAGUCCUGUCAGAUUUAGCCACAGACUGCCCGAACCCAGGUACAGGAAUUUAGAAUUUCCCCAAAAUUAGAAGAGAAGUGGUUGCAGGGGAUGUUUUACUACUGAUCAAAAUCUUUGUGAGUACUUUAGCUGAUACCAGUCAUGGCAAAGCUUGUGAUGUCCUCCUAUCCUUUCAGCAUUUAACAAUUAUUUUUACUAAUUUACACUACCACCUCACCUGGUCCUCAGUCAGAACAGAGCGCGAGUGCAUGCGCGCACACCUGUGUGUCUGACCUGCACGAUCUGGAUGAAGAGAGAGGGGGUGAGAGAGGGCAGGCGGGGACUGCAACCUCAGUCCACAGACGGCUGAGACCCUCGUCCCCGGACCUUUGCACAGGUGAAGGAACUAAGCCUUUGCAGGAUGGGAGACCAGGGUGGGAGGAAGGACUGGUUCAAAGCGCCACGAUCCUUGACG